UUCAUAUUCCCAGGAACAUUAAUUCAAAUCCGAAAUGUGUGACCUGGGUUUGAGCCGCGUUAGCCACAGUCCACGUCGCGAUUCCCACAGGAAUAAUUCAAAUCCGAAGUGUGUGAGCUGGUAGAUUCCCACAGGUGGAUGUGAGGAAAAUGAAAUAGGUGCGUCCUGCUACAGUAUAAAUGAGCCGCUGCAGUCUGUACAGUGCAGGCUCCUCGCUAAGCUGCAGAUGGGUGGAUCAUAAAUUCAGACAGCACAGUGAAACUUCUCUGGAUCUACUCAACACCAUGGCUAAUAACUCCACUAACAGCACUGAGGAUGCUCAGGUGGAGGACACUGUGGCCUUCCCUAAUGAUCUGUACAGCCAGGCGUCCAAAGCAUCAGCUGAGGAUAAACUUCAUUUCACAGUUCAGGUUCUGGAGGAGGCGGCUGCCCUGUUUGAGGAGGAUCACAGCAAUGCUUCAUGGGAGGAGAACACAGUGGAGAACUUUGUCAAUGUUGUAAACCAGCAGGCUGACGGCCUUCGCUCCUGUACUGGGAGUCACGGCCACAAGAAGAAGAACAAGAAGCUGCACAUGUAUUUCAAGAGACUGUCGAGUCACGUCCUGAAGAAGAUGAGCCACAGUGCUGAAGCCUGGGAGCUGAUCAGGAAGGAAAUCAGGACCCAUCUGAUGAGAGCAGACCAGCUGGUUUCAUCUCUGCUCAACACCAACUAAAAUCUGUAAUCUGACUGUCAGAUGAACAAUCUGUUUAUUUAUUGACAUGAAGAAUAUUUAUUAACUUAUUUAUUUAUUGAAUCAUUGAUCAGUUUGUGUAU